GUGGCUGCGCAGCCUGGUGGCCGACGAUGGUGCUGGUCCCUGCGGGGCGGCGCUGCUGCCCAGUUCCGCUACAUGGAGCAUCGCUGGCGGACGCUGCCAGCAGCGAGGGCCCGCAGCUCCCGCCCCAAGCCGCGCUGCUCCCUGAGGCGCCCCGCCGCACGGUGUGGACCGACGGUGCCUGCCUCCAUCCGACCGACCCACUUCUGGUUCGGGCGGCGUGGGGGCUGGCGUGGGGGCUGCGGCGCGCGGGGUUCGAUUCCCCGUCUCUCGCUGGGCCAGCUGACGGCUUGCCGACUGCGCAGCGCGCAGAGGUGACAGCUGCCGUGGCGGCGGCGCGGGUCGUCGGCGGCCCCGUCGACCUGGCCUCGGACAGCCAGUAUCACGCGGACCAGUGGCUGCAGUUGGUGGACGCCGCGCGCACCGGGUGCCUGCGGGCCCGCGGGGUGCCAGCGCGCAAAACGUUGGCGGAGGCGCGGCGCCUGGGGGUCAGCGAGCGCGACCGCCUCGGCAACGCCGCAGCCGACGGCAACGCUGGCGCCCCCGCUGCGCAGCGGGCCCUGCCGAGCGACGCGGUACGCGCCCGCCGCAGGGAACUCUGGAGCUACGGGAAGCGGCGCAGCGGGUGCAAACGACUACCCAGCAAGCAGCCCUGGGCGCGGCGCCUGGCCCCCAGCGCCGCCGCUGGCGUGUCUGGCGCGCCGUCUGGCGAGGGGUCCGCGCUCGCGCGGCUCGGGCCGCUCAUG